CCCUAUCCACACACUAAAACCUCCACCUUCUUCCUUCAGUCGCCUACCUUCCUACAAUGUCCUUGCCUAUAUCCGGCACGCGCCACCUCACGCGCUCUCUCUUAUCCAUCGCCACCUUAGCUCCACCUCCUCGAACUCCUUCCUAUGUUCACAACAUUAGAUUUGAAUAUCCGUUAGCUUGUUCGUCACGGUUCGUCUCAAUCCGAUGCCAAGCUAACCGUUCAGGCUCAGCUUACUCGCCGCUGAACUCCGGGUCUAACUUCAGCGACCGGCCUCCGACGGAGAUGGCGCCUCUGUUUCCAGGGUGUGAUUACGAGCACUGGCUUAUUGUUAUGGAUAAGCCUGGCGGAGAAGGCGCGACGAAGCAGGAGAUGAUUGAUUGUUACGUCCAAACAUUAGCUAAAGUCGUUGGAAGUGAGGAAGAGGCGAAGAAGAGGAUUUAUAAUGUUUCUUGUGAGAGGUAUUUAGGGUUUGGGUGUGAGAUUGAUGAAGAGACUUCUACUAAGCUUGAAGGUUUGCCUGGUGUUCUGUUUGUGCUUCCAGAUUCUUAUGUUGAUCCUGAAAAUAAAGAUUAUGGAGCUGAGCUGUUUGUGAAUGGAGAGAUAGUGCAACGAUCACCAGAGAGGCAGAGGAGAGUUGAGCCGCAGCCACAGAGAGCUCAAGAUAGACCGAGAUACAAUGACAGAACUCGCUAUUCUCGCCGCAGAGAAAACACACGUUGAAGUGCGGCUUGAAGAGGAUGAUAUACCUACACCGUAUGGAAAGUUAGUAUGAUAGUGAUGAUAAUGGUGAUGAUGUUUGCUGCCAGGCGAACGUUGCUUGUUCCAACACUUUGCAGCUUUGGAUAUUGUUGAGAUGCCAAGUUUUGAUUAUAUGUAACAUUUUUAUAUCAUAAUAAUGUAAAUUCAGGUUGAUUCUUCUCAUUUUGUCUACCUACAUACCCGUUCAAACCUGGUUCAGAGAUUCUUUAAGAAUCUCUUUGUAAUCGUUGGGAUUGAUCAUGUUGGUUCUCCAUCACAUUUGUGCAUUCAAGAAUCUAAGAAGUAAAGUUGAAACCG